AUGAAUAAUGAUGAAGUACUUCUAGAAAGUGAUGGUGUUAUUAUUAAACAAUCUGAUUAUAAUAGAUUAGAAGAAGAUCAUAUGCUUAAUGAUGUAAUUGUUAAUGCAUAUUUAGGUGAAUUAGAAAAGCAAUUUAUUAGUUGUCAUUUUAAAGUCUUUAAUACUUUCUUUAGUGCUAAAAUUCAUUCUAUUUGUAAUGUAAAUGAUGAUGACCUAAGAGAACAACGAUAUAAUCAAUUAGUAAAUUGGUUAAAAAAUGAUGAAAAUUUAACAGAUUUACGAUUUUUAUUAUUUCCAUGUCAUUAUGAAUCACAUUGGUUUACUAUAAUUGUUUGUAAUAAAACUCAAAAGUCUCAACCACAAGAAGAUUGGGAAAGAAUUAAUUCAGAUGAAGAAGGAGCUGUUUUUGAAAUUGAAAUUGGAAAAGAAAAAAGUUAUUGUGAACAUUAUAAAAAAAGUGAUAUUGGAACAGAGCUUCAAGACCCUCUUUCUCAAACACUUUUAGAUUCUCCAUUUAAAAAACAAACAACACUAAGUUUAAAUAGUGAAAUUAAUACGUCACCCAAUUUAUUUUUCUCCUCACAAAAUAGUACUGAAUUAAAAAAAAAUUUAAGUCAAUUAAGAGAUGCUUCAAUUUCUAUUGAACCAUGUUGUGAAGAUUAUAUUGAUUCACCAUGUAUUCUUGUAAUAGAUUCUUUAAAAAGUAUUUCUCAAACAAAUGAAUUAACAAAUAAUAUUUUAGAAUUUAUUAGAUGGGAAUAUAAAAGAAAAGAAAAAGAAAAGAAAUGGGAUGAAGAAUGGGAACAACAUAAAAGAAUUCUUUCACUUGAUGUACCUCAACAAAGUAAUGGUGUUGAUUGUGGUGUAUUUAUGUUAUAUUUCAUUCGUAAAUUUAUGGAAUAUACUCCAUCAGAUGGAACAAAAUUUAAACAAAUAGUAGAUGAUAUGGAUCCAAAGAAAGAACGGUUAUAUAUUAAAAAUGUAAUUCGAGAAUUAAUUAAUAGAAAAACAAAUAAAGUAAUGUUAGAUUGA